AUGGCUUCCACGAAAGACAACACAAGCGACGAUAACAUUGACAUUGCUAGUGAGGACGAGAGAUGCCAGGAAUUGGAUGUCGAGAAAGAUGGAUCGCAAGCCAACCUGGAACGCCAGGUUUCUGAACCUCCUUACUCUGUUUUUAGCAAAGGCAUGAAGACAUGGAUCAUCUUCCUCGUAUCCAUUUCCGCUCUGAUAUCGCCUUUUGGCGCGUCUAUGUUCCUUCCAGCGCUCAACGUGCUAUCCAAUGUGCUGGAUAUCACGCCUACGCAGGUCAAUAUCUCGAUCACUACAUACAUGAUCGCCCAAGCCAUAGCUCCUGCUUUCCUCGGAACUUUAUCGGAUAAUAGUGGACGAAGAUUGACCUUCAUCAUAUGCUUCGUUAUCUACAGCAUUGGCAAUAUCGGCCUCGCACUCCAAACCAACUACAUUGCGCUUCUCAUUCUGCGCAUGGUGCAAGCAGUCGGUGGAACGGCUGCUAUUGCGUUGACAAUGGCAGUCGUCGCGGAUGUCUCUACAUCGGCUGAGCGAGGAACCUACAUGGGUUAUGCACAAGCCGGUGUAUUAAUGGGCCCGGCUUUCGGUCCGACGAUAGGUGGGCUACUGGCGCAGUAUUUGGGCUGGCGAUCUAUUUUCUGGUUUCUGGCGAUCUUCUCCGGAGUGCUGCUUGUGAUUUUUGUAUUUCUGUUCCCUGAGACUUGCCGGAAAGUCGUUGGUAAUGGCUCUAUACCUCCUCAGGGUGUAAACCGCUCCGUCAUUAGCUGCAUACAAGCGCGCAAGCUCGCUAAGCUGUCGCCCAACGGCAUCACUCCCAAGCCAGAGAAGAAAAAGAUCGCUUGGCCUAAUCCGCUUGCGACGUUUCGCAUCCUAGCUGAGAAAGAGUCUGGUAUCAUCUUAUUCUACAACGGUCUCUUCUUCACGGGUCAGAUGGUCACAAUUUCCGCCAUCCCAGAACUGUUCUACGCCGCAUAUGGUCUUGAUGAAUUGCACAUCGGUCUUUGCUACAUCUCCAACGGUGUAGCUUCCCUAAUUGCAUCGCUCACCCUAGGUCGAGUUGUUGACUGGAACUUCCGCCGCUAUGCUAAAGCUGUUGGUAUGACUAUUUCCAAAGGCAAACAACAAGAUCUCACCAACUUCCCCAUCGAGCGCGUUCGUCUGCAAAUCUUGACUCCAUGUCACAUUAUUGGCAUGAUCGGAGUGGUCAUCUUCGGCUGGACACUCAAAUAUCAAACACACAUCGUUGGCCCGGAAGUCGCCCUGUUCAUCAUGGGCUUUGGUGUCACUGGUGCUUUUAACAUCACCAACGGCUUGCUCCUCGAUCUCCAUCGCGACAAACCCGCUGCUGCAACUGCUGCAGUCAAUUUCGCCAGGUGUAUGAUGAGUGCCGGUGGUACGGCGGCGAUCAUCCCAAUGUGCCAUGCUAUGAAUCCGGGAUGGGCGUUUUCAUUCAUAGCGCUUGUCAUGGCGGUGUUGCUAGGGUUCGUGUUUUGGAUUAUGAAAGAUGGAAUGAAGUGGAGACAAGAGUUAGCAGAGAAGAGGAGGUUGAAGGAAGAAGAGCGGGAGAAGAAGGCAAACCAAGAGGAGGUUGCGACGUGA